GCGCGCGGCAUGGCUCACCUUCAACUUCAGGGAGAUAUAGGCUUUUAAGCGAGUGUUGUUUAGUUACUAAAUCAGGAGCCGCUCUAAUAAUAAGAUGCCUCGCCUCGUCCGGCCAAAGCGUCUCGCCACGCUCGUUCCUCCCUCCGUUUGCUCUUCGUCUCGUCGUCGAUCGCCUACCCUCCCAAGCCCGCGGCGUUGUCCAGGUUCCGAGGAACAAAGGUUGGGUCUUUGGCGCCGUCUUCACGCGUAGAUCAGCGAGGAUGGUGAUGCCAAUGCCGAGCGGCGCCGGUGGCCACGACGCGGAGGGCAGCGAGCCUCUCCUCCCGAGGAAGCACGGGGACGGCGGCCAGGGUGGGGGCACCGCCUCGUCGCACGACUACUACGACGGCGCGUCCUUCGCCGGCGCGGUGUUCAACCUGUCGACCACCAUCGUCGGCGCGGGCAUCAUGGCGCUCCCGGCCACCAUGAAGGUGCUCGGCCUCGUUCCCGGCCUCAUCCUGGUCAUGCUCGCCGCGCUGCUCACGGACGCCUCCAUCGAGCUCCUCGUCCGGUUCGGCCGCGCCGUGGGCGCGACAUCGUACGGCGAGGCUAUGGGCGACGCCUUCGGUGCUCUCGGCAGGGGGCUCCUUCAGCUCUGCGUCGUCGCCAACAACGUCGGCGUGAUGGUCGUCUACAUGAUCAUCAUCGGUGAUGUGCUCUCCGGGAAAUCUUCCAGCGGCGGCGAGCACCAUCACGGCGUGAUAGAAGGAUGGUUUGGCCCAAACCGGUGGAACGGUCGCUUCUCCAUCCUCAUCAUCGUCACGUUCGGUGUGUUCGCUCCACUCGCAUGCUUCAAGCGAGUCGAUUCACUGAAAUACACAUCAGCCUUGUCGGUUGCUCUGGCCAUCGUGUUCGUGGUGAUCACUGCCGGAAUCGCCAUCGUCAAGCUGAUGAGAGGGCAGAUUCCGAUGCCUAAGCUGUUCCCUGAUGUGCAUGAGUGGAAUUCCAUCGGGAGACUUUUCACUGCAGCUCCAGUUCUUGUCACCGCAUACAUUUGCCACUACAACGUGCACCCAAUUCACAACGAGCUCAAGGACCACUCCCAGAUCAGGCCAAUAGUGCGGGCGUCGCUGCUGCUCUGCUUGGCCGUGUACAUCACCACCAGCUUCUUCGGCUACCUCCUCUUCGGCGACGCGACGCUGGACGACGUGCUCGCCAACUUCGACUCCGACCUCGGCAUCCCCUACAGCUUGGUGCUCAACGACGCCGUCAGGGUCAGCUACGUGCUCCACCUCAUGCUCGUUUUCCCCAUCGUGUUCCACGCCCUGCGGCUCAACAUGGACGGCCUCCUCUUCCCCUCGGCGAGGCCCCUGUCCAGUGACAACCGGAGGUUCGGCGCGCUCACGGCGGCGCUCCUCAUCGUGAUCUUCCUCGCCGCCAACUUCAUCCCCAACAUCUGGGACGCGUUCCAAUUCACUGGCGCCACUGCCGCCGUCGCCAUUGCUUACAUUUUCCCUGCCGGAAUGGCGCUGAGGGAUCGCCACGGGAUAGCGACGAAAGGGGACAGAUACCUCGCGGUGUUCAUGAUUGUUCUUGCAGUAGCGGCAAGUGGAGUGGCCGUGUACAGCGACGCUUCCUUGGGAACUUUUUAGUUGGCAAGCGCCCAUCUCCGUGGUGAUCGGUGCAUUAGCUAGUGGACGAUGAAAAUUUUGUUGUUUAUACGUUGAACUCAAGUACUCAACAUUUUGAGCUCCGUUAUAAGUACAUAUAUGCACAACUACCUCCAGGGUCUGCAGAGAUAGGUGUAGAUCAUAGUGCAGCGGUGCAAAAAAGUGCUAAACCGCGAAAAUGUGGAUCUUUUCUUGUUACUGACAAAAUGGCUGUUCUAUACCCGUCCAAACUGUACUGGACAGGAACUGAUCAAUUUGUAUUGAUUUUGUAUCAGCAUGCUACUAUACCAAAGUUAUUGGGAUUCUUUUGGUAUAGUUGACAUUUUUUUAACCUGAUGUAAUUGCUACUGUCUUUGUAUUUUAAUAGAUAGCGUUGUUAACUUUUG